GCUUCUCAUGAUCAAUAGGUGAUGUUACAGCUUUUGUAGUAGUGGUUCUUUAAUGUGUAAACAGAUAUUUGUGUUUUGGAGUCCUCCAGACUUGAGAAUGAUUGUUGUACUGCAGUUUAUGGCUCUCUGCUUGGCUCUGGUCUCCACGUUAUUCCUGAUUGUGGCCACUUGGACGGACUGCUGGAUGGUUAAUGCCGAUGACAGCUUAGAGGUCAGUCAGAAAUGUCGUGGUCUGUGGUGGGAAUGCGUGACCAAUACCCAGGAUGGAAUAAAAACAUGUGACCAAUACGAUUCUAUUUUAGCGGAGCACCCGUUGAAAAUAGUACUUACAAGAGCCCUGAUGAUCACAGCGGAUAUACUGGCAAGCUUCGCUCUAAUCAUACUGGUUCUAGGUCUCGAUGCUGUAAAGUUCCUAAGAUCAGAGCCGCACAUCAAGCUACGCAUGUGUUACAUGGCUGGGUUCAUUUUUGGCAUUGGAGGUAUCCCAGGAAUGAUCGGUUCGGUGUGGUAUGCAGUCGAUGUCUAUGUUGAGAGGGCGACCCUUGUAUUACAGAAUGUAUUUCUUGGGAUUCAUUAUGAAUUUGGCUGGUCUUGCUGGCUGGGCAUGGCUGGUUCUACUGGCUGUUUUCUGGCUUCAAUAGUUCUUACUUGCUGUCUUUAUAUCUUUAGAGAUCUUGGAUCAUAUUCAAGGAACCAACGAUCCAUUUAUAAAUAUGGAAGAACUGCGACUGGCAAAAUGUAUGCCAUGGACUCCAGAGUGUAAGCCGUGAGAAAGAAAAGCUGAUCAUCUGCACUAAGUCUUCUAAUGCAAACCUCCAACUUGUGUGUAUGUGUAUAUUUAUGUAUAUAUAGAUAUGCAAUACCAGAUGUGUACAAGUUGAAGGGUGUAAAUACAGAAGUUGUGGUUGUCUGUAUAGUUGUCUUUUAUAGAGACUUGAUGUGAAAGGUCGUUAAUAUUGU